AUGAAAUAUUUCUUGUUACUAGCCCUUCUCUUCAUUGUAUUAUCGAGAGAAUAAAUCGAAGAAGUCGAAGGAGUUUUACAACUUACUAGAAAAAAUUUCUAAUAAGCUGUUGACGAAAAUCCAAGAUUGCUGGUCAAGUAUUACAUCGACACAUGUGGAUAUUGGUAUUGAUGUUGAUUUAACUUAAAAGCUAGAAGAUGAAGCCAGUUUUUAUUAGAUUAGCUGAAAUGCUAAAAGAUUAUGGAUUUGUUUUGGGAGAAAUCAAUGCUCACGAAAACAAAGCUUUUACUGCAAAAAACAAUGUUAAGUCCUAUCCAACACUUAAACUUUACAAAAAUGGUGUUGUCCAAGACUUUCCUAAUUAAUCAGACACAGUUGAUUUGUUGUUUGAGUAUGCUCUCUAAAAUGCUUAUGAUUAAAUUACUACUUUGAAUACUCAGGAAGAAGUACAUUAUAUUCUUAUUUAGAUUGAUCUCUUCCUAAAAAGAUCCUUUUUUGCAGUACUCAAAUAUGUGAAUAAUGAUGAUGAUUUAUAAAGCGUGGCUACUGAAAAUCCUGCAAUUAAGUUUGGUAUUGUCGUGAAUCCAGAAUUGUAAUAAGCUCAUUCAUCAAAAUAUACUCUAUUUCACAAGGUUUUACCUGCACCAAUUAAUUACAAUGGGGAAUUUGAUGGAUUAUCAGAAUGGAUCUCUGCCUAUGGGUAUCCUGAAGUGUUCUCAUUGACAGAGGAAGAAUUCUUGAAGGUUGAAAAAGAUAAGAUUCCCUUGGUUGGAGUGGCUGGUACAAAAGAUGGUGAAUUAUUCAAAACUCUUAAGGCUUUGGCUGAAUUGCAUAAGAAUAACAUUAGAUUUGUCCUCAUUGAUCCAAAUUAGAUUUUGCCAAACAAGAGAUUCCAGUACUUGAUCAAGAAGAAAGUCGUUGCUAAAAAUGUCAUUUACUUUUACAAUUUCUCGUAUUAUAAUUGGUUAUAAAAAUAGGAAAAAAAAGACCAUAACAGCUGAAUUCUCAGAUGAAUCAUUUGAAACCCAUAAAUAAUUGGUGGAGACCUUGAUUGAGUAAUCACUUAAUAAUGAAGACUCUCAAAAUGGGGAUUCUGACAUUUAUUUCAAAGGGGAAGGUGAAGUUCAUGUUCUAACUUCCUCCAAUUUUAAAGAAUAGGUGUAUGACAAUCCUAAUCAUGUGUUUGUUAAGUUUUAUGCACCAUGGUGUGGUCAUUGCAAAAAUUUAGCACCCAUCUAUGAGGAAUUAGCCGCGGAAUUGGAUAGAAAGGAUAUCGUAAUUGCUGAGAUUGAUUCCACAGUUCAUAAAAUUGAAGGCCAUGAUAUUCAAGGAUAUCCAACAUUAAUAUUGUUCAAGUCUGAAGGAGAUUCAAAGAAGAAAAUCGAUUUUGAUGGAUAGAGAACAGUCUAAGGAAUGAAGGAUUUCUUAUUGAAAUAAUUAGACAGCAACUACAAGGGUGAACCUUAGAUUUAAUUGACUGAGGAAUCCUUUGAAGUGAAGGAAACUGAUAGAGUAGAUAUCCCUAAUGAUGGACAAGUGAUCCAAUUGACAGCUGAGAAUUUUGAAUAGAUUGUAUUGAAGAGCAAAUAGGAUGUUUUUGUGAAAUUUUAUGCUCCUUGGUGUGGACAUUGCAAAGCUAUGUCAGCUGAAUAUGUGAAAUUAGCAGAGGGAUAUAAGGAUAGUAAAAAUGUGUUGAUUGCUGAAUUGGAUGCCACUGUUCAUAAAAUACCAAUUUUAGAAAUCUAAGGAUUCCCCACUUUGAUUCAUUUCAAGAAGGGAGAAGCCAAAGUCUAACAACUGAAAUACAGUGGUAGUAGAACUGCAGAGGCACUUAAGGAGUUUAUUGAAUAGAAUGGAAGUUUUGCUUAGAAACAAGAUUUGUGAAUUGUAUAGAGAAGUUAAUUUAUUAUAAAUACAGA